AUGAGCUUCACCACGCUCAGUCGGCGCCACACCAUUGGUUCCCUUCGCCAGUUGCCUCCUGCUACUCCAAGCAAGAACUUCUGUAAUGAUGGAAAGCCGACCCCAACUCCGUCGUCAUACGACACGGCUUUAGGAUUUGAGCAGUCGGUCUUCGGUAACCAUGGCCAUCGUAUCGAUGAUCCUUCGAAGGUCUGGAUUGGCGUCGCCGUCGCUUACACCUUCAUCAUGGCCCUUGGCAUGACGCUUCUUUUCUUUCAGCGCUUCGCGCACACGGCUCGUAUUCGCGGUUACUGGUUGACCUGCUCAUCCGUCCUUGCAUUGCACGUCUACCUCAGCCUGAUCUUCCUGGCCUAUCCCCUCAGGUUCUGGUACAAAUGCUCGGCCGAAUUCUGGACUAUGGCUCUGAUCUUCCCGGUUGGUCUGGGACUCUAUCAGAUUUCUAAUUCGCGGAUCAUAUUCUACUACCAGACCCAGCAAGAGCUUCUGGUGAUGCCAAAGCGCAACAAGAAAGGCCGAGCUCCCAUCUGGUUUAUGCACCCACGUGCCUUCUUGAGGUACCACAAAAACAUGGAUUUUGUCACCAAAACGCGCGUCUUCGUUUACGCUACCUGGGCUUCCACUAUCUUCGCUUGCACCUUCAUGUACCUUGGAUCCAUCAAUUUCCACGAGAGUUACGGACUCUUUGGAGAGUGGUCAGGAAAGGCCAACUGUCACCGCGGACCGCAUGGAGAAUGGGUGCCGACGGCCAUCUCACAGCUCCUUAUUUGCUGGGUUUGGGGCCCGUACACCCUCUGGUACGCCAGGAACAUUCGAGACUCCCACUAUUGGUCGCUGCAGACAUUCGUUAAUCUCAUUGCCGGGAUGCCCGGAACUCCGCUUUGGAUGGCGUUUUUGUAUUCGAACAAUCCGACCGUCAUCGCCAUUAAUCGCUGGUUCCCUCAUUCCGGAUGGUUCAUUCCUGGAAUCGUGACGAUGCAGAUGGGCACCUUCGUCUUCCCCAUUCUUGAUUUCUGCCGGACGCCUGUGUACAUGGCAGACGUAGAGGGAGAGGGUGAACACACAAACCUAGGUUCUUCCCCCGAUCUCAACCGGAGGUUCAACAAAGCCAUGACUUCCAUGGCAGCCUUCGAGAAUGCACUGGAGAACAACAUUCAGCCACUGUUGGUUUGGGCAGCCAACCGCAACUUCACGGCAGCUGACAUCAAUUUCCUUGUCUACGUCCGCAACUGGAAGAACAUCUGGAGCGGCCCGAGCAGGCACAACCAAAUGAUGACUCAGACCCAGGAACGUCACCGUUAUGAAGAUGCGGCGGUCAUCUUCUUUACUUUCAUCAACCCGACAACAUCCAAGGUGACGGUCAACAUCGGCGACGCUACUUACAGGACCAUCUCCCAGUACUUCACUGACGUGCUGGCGCAUGACCUGCCUGGAGAAGGGACCAGCAGCUUCUUCUCAAUUCAACAGCAAGUUGCGCCUUGGGAAAAGGAUGAGCCCAUGUCGCCGAUUCUGGGAACGGAGGGCUUCGACAGGACUAGGCUGCAUUACGUUGGCGGUGAUGAUGACUACGAUGAGUACGAUGCCAUCCCGAAGGGUUUCAACCUGUCCGUCUUCGACGAUGCCUACAAUGUCAUCAAGGACGAUAUCUUCUACAACACUUGGCUUCGCUACGUUAAUGACCUGGAUACGAGCAGUGACUCGGGAGGUGCGAGCGAGCACACCUGCACGGAGGCGUGCACGCACGGCAGCAUGACACCGAGUCCUCUGUCGGAGCCUCCUCAGGCGCACACCAGUGCAGCUCGCUCUCCUGAGAUCUGA